AUGGCUGAACUACGACCUGAAGAUUAUUCUAUCAUAUGGAUUGCACCGCUAGCGAUCGAGGCACAAGCUGCCAUACAUAUGUUAGACCGUAGACAUAAUGGCAGGUUUCUGAUGGGCCGUGGUGACGAUUACGUGUUUCCAGCCGGAGAAAUGUGCGGGCAUAACGUUGUGAUCGCAACCCUUCCAGCAGGGCAGGAAUACGGAACCGGAUCAGCUGCAGCACUUGUUAGCCAAGCGAAAAAAUUCUUCCCUAAUUUUUGGUUUGGUCUUCUGGUGGGCGUGGCUGCUGGGCUCCCUAAUCUUCGCCGAAAUCCGCCACGAGAUAUACGACUAGGCGAUGUUCUUGUCAGCAUCCCCGAUAUCGACCGCUCAGGAGCCGUGGCCUAUGAUCUAGGUAGAGAUACGGGAAAAGACGAACUCGAACUCUUACGUCAAGGCCAUGUACUAGCCCAAACAGAGCCUGUAGUGAGAUCUGCAAUUGGAAGUAUCAAGCUUGAUUCGCCAGAUGAAUCCAAACUGUUUCUGCCAUAUUAUGAAGCUAUGAAGGAUAAACGGCAUUCGAAUGGAACUUUCGUUGACCCUGGACAAGAGUAUGACAAACUCUACCAGGAUGGUGACGAUGGGGCCGAGAGCCUUGUAGAGAGGCAACCACGUCCUGAUUCUCAACGCACUCUUGUGUGGUAUGGAUCUAUAGGGUCAGGAGAGAAACUCAUGAAGAAUGCUGCAAGACGCGACGAAUUGAGAGACAGGUACGACAUUAUUGGUCUAGAGAUGGAAGCAGCGGGAACCAUGAAUCGGAUCCCCGUCGGUGUGAUCAGGGCUGCUUGCGAUUACGGAGAUAAACGCAAGAACAAGGAAUGGCAGCCGUACGCUGCGGCUAUGGCGGCGGCAUAUGCAAAGGCCGUCUUGUUUCAGAUUCCUCCAAAGCCCAAGCCUGAUCAACGUAGUAGACGACACUCAACCAAACGUCGUGCAAGGGACUCAACAGACUCGGACUCGGACUCGGACGAUGAUAGUAGGAAUAAACGAUCCAACAUCGAUGGCACUACUAGAGCUUCGUCAAGAAGAGACAAUGUCGUAUUUAGGGGUCAAGGUAACCAGAACGUAGGCUCUGGGAGUAUCUCGAUUGGUGGAAGUCAAACUUUUCGUUAA